CCGGAAGAGCUGGAGCAGCAUGUGAGCCGGUGUGAGCUGAAAUGAUCAAACACGUUUUUCUGACAGGACCUCCAGGUGUGGGAAAAACCACUCUGGUCCAAAAAGCCUGCGAGGCUUUAGUGUCAUCAGCAGUGGGAGUUGAAGGGUUUUACACAGAAGAGGUCAGAGAGGGAGGCCGCAGAGUCGGCUUUGAUGUAGUCACAGUGACAGGAGAGAGGGGCCACCUGUCCAGAAUCAGAGAUGCUGCCGGUUCAUCUCAUGGCAGACGGGAAUACACAGUUGGCCAGUAUGUGGUUGACUUGCCCUCAUUUGAAAACCUGGCACUCCCCCUCUUCAGAAAUGUCGGGUCUGCAGAUGGGGGGAACAAGAAGGUGUUUGUCAUUGAUGAGAUUGGCAAAAUGGAGCUCUUCAGCCACUCAUUCAUCAGAGCGGUGAGGCAGACGCUAGACAGCUCUUCCUACACCAUCCUGGGCACCAUCCCGAUCCCCAAGGGUAAACCACUGGGUCUGGUAGAGGAGGUGCGGAGCAGGAGAGACGUCAAGGUCUUCACUGUGUCUAAGGAAAACAGAAACGCCAUUCUCCAAGACAUUUUAGCAACACUACAAAACUGCCGAAAACCUUCAACCUGAUGUGGAGAUUCGGAGCAACUCAAAGGGGAAAAACACUGCAUCUUUAUGCUGACAGCAAGUUUUAUUUGAGUCAGUGCAUACACAGUGCACACAGCCGGACUAUUCAGCGAAUACACACACGCUUCAUAACGGGGUUUUUGACCUGACCUGAGGUCGCAUAGCGAGCUGCUGCGAGAGUUAUUGUGUCACAUGCAUGUAUUUAUGUAUACAAUUCGUUUUUCUCUUUCUCAUACAGCCUCAAAGUGGAUUGCAUCCUGAAUAAUUGAUUGUGAGAUGGAGCACAGCGGCGGAAUUGUUCAGUUAGUGUGUAAAUAUCCCGUGAUCUCGGAGUCAAGCACUGCUUGUCCUUAAAACAUCCCUGUUUUAUUUUUAAUUAAGCUGUUGGUCUUGUAGAGACUCCGGCAGGCAUUUAUCAGUAUAUAAUAUUCAUUUCUUCACAUGGACAUGUGGUGAUAAUGUUUUUUUGAAGGGCUUUGCAAUGCAAGACCCCCCCUUGUGUUUGUCUAUUCAACCUGAGGAUGUGCUUAUUGAAAACCAAUCAAUAUUUAACGGUGCAGCUAUGUCCAAUCCAUUCAUGGUUUAUUCAUCCACUAGCAUGGCGAAAAAAACAGAAAAAUAAACAGUUGCUGUCUUUCAGAAA